GCGCGGCGGGGAGCUGGGCUCCCUCCCGGAGCCGCGGCACCCGGCGCCGGCUCGCCCCUGGCUCUCCCCUCAGCUACUACUUCGCCAUGGCCGGCCCGGGUCCGGGCGCGGCCCUCGAGUCCCCGCGGCAGCUGCUGGGCCGCAUACGCUUUUUGGCUGAGGCAGCACGAAGUCUCCGCGCCGGGCGGCCGCUGCCAGCAGCGCUGGCUUUCGUGCCCAGAGAAGUGCUCUACAAGCUCUACAAGGACCCCGCGGGACCGUCGCGCGUGCUGCUGCCGGUGUGGGAGGCAGAGGGCCUGGGGCUGCGUGUGGGCGCCGCGGGCCCAGCUCCCGGAGCCGGCUCCGGGCCCCUCCGCGCCGCGCGGGACAGCAUCGAGCUCCGGCGCGGUGCCUGCGUGCGAACCACCGGCGAGGAGCUGUGCAACGGCCACGGGCUCUGGGUGAAGCUCACGAAGGAGCAGCUGGCGGAACACCUGGGUGACUGCGGGUUGGACGAAGGCUGGCUUCUGGUGUGCCGCCCGGCGGAGGGCGGGGCCCGCCUCGUACCCAUAGACACUCCGGACCACCUCCAGCGGCAGCAGCAGCUCUUUGGCGUGGACUACCGGCCGGUGCUCAGAUGGGAACAGGUGGUGGACCUGACAUAUUCACAUCGCCUGGGAUCGAAGCCGCAGCCAGCCGAGGCUUACACAGAAGCUGUACAAAGGCUACUCUAUGUGCCCCCAACAUGGACCUACGAGUGCGACGAAGACCUGAUCCACUUCUUGUAUGACCACCUGGGCAAGGAGGAUGAGAACCUGGGUAGUGUGAAGCAGUAUGUGGAGAGCAUAGAUGUUUCGUCCUAUACGGAGGAGUUCAAUGUGUCCUGUCUGACAGACAGCAACGCAGAUACCUACUGGGAAAGUGAUGGGUCUCAGUGCCAGCACUGGGUACGGCUUACUAUGAAGAAGGGCACCAUUGUCAAGAAGCUGCUACUCACAGUGGAUACCACAGAUGACAACUUUAUGCCUAAGCGAGUGGUGGUGUAUGGGGGCGAAGGAGACAACCUUAAGAAGCUGAGUGACGUGAGCAUUGACGAGACCUUGAUUGGAGAUGUCUGCGUCUUAGAGGACAUGACAGUUCACCUACCUAUCAUUGAGAUCCGUAUUGUGGAGUGCCGAGAUGAUGGGAUUGAUGUUCGUCUUCGAGGGGUCAAGAUCAAGUCAUCUAGACAGCGGGAACUAGGGCUAAAUGCAGACCUGUUCCAGCCAGCCAGUCUGGUGCGAUACCCACGCCUGGAAGGAACUGAUCCAGAAAUACUGUAUCGCAGAGCUGUUCUACUGCAGAGAUUCAUCAAGAUCCUAGACAGUGUCCUGCACCAUCUGGUACCUGCAUGGGACCAUACUCUAGGUACCUUCAGUGAGAUUAAGCAAGUGAAACAGUUCCUACUGCUAUCGCGCCAGCGGCCCAGUCUGGUGACCCAGUGCCUACGUGACUCAGAGAGCAGCAAGCCCAGCUUCAUGCCUCGCCUGUAUAUCAACCGACGCCUUGCCAUGGAACAUCGUGCCUGUCCCUCUCGGGACCCUGCCUGCAAGAAUGCAGUCUUCACCCAGGUUUAUGAAGGCCUCAAGCCCUCUGACAAGUAUGAAAAGCCCCUGGACUACAGGUGGCCCAUGCGCUAUGACCAAUGGUGGGAGUGUAAAUUCAUCGCAGAAGGCAUCAUUGACCAAGGGGGUGGCUUCCGAGACAGCCUGGCAGAUAUGUCAGAAGAGCUGUGCCCUAGCUCAGCUGACACCCCUGUGCCUCUGCCCUUCUUUGUGCGAACAGCCAACCAGGGCAAUGGCACUGGUGAAGCCCGAGAUAUGUAUGUUCCCAAUCCCUCCUGCCGAGAUUUCGCCAAGUAUGAGUGGAUUGGACAGCUAAUGGGGGCAGCCCUUCGGGGCAAGGAGUUCCUAGUUCUGGCUCUGCCUGGGUUUGUGUGGAAGCAGCUGUCUGGUGAGGAGGUGAGCUGGAGCAAGGACUUCCCAGCUGUGGACUCUGUGUUGGUGAAGCUCCUGGAAGUGAUGGAAGGAAUGGACAGGGAAACAUUCGAGUUCAAGUUUGGAAAGGAACUAACCUUCACCACCGUACUGAGUGACCAGCAGGUUGUGGAGCUGAUUCCUGGGGGCACAGGCAUCGUGGUGGGAUAUGAGGACCGUUCUCGUUUCAUCCAACUGGUGCAGAAGGCACGGCUAGAGGAGAGCAAGGAGCAGGUGGCAGCUAUGCAGGCAGGUCUGCUGAAAGUAGUGCCACAAGCUGUGCUGGACUUGCUGACCUGGCAAGAGUUAGAGAAGAAGGUGUGUGGGGACCCAGAGGUCACUGUGGAUGCUCUGCGCAAGCUCACUCGGUUUGAGGACUUUGAGCCAUCUGAUACCCGUGUGCAGUAUUUCUGGGAGGCACUGAACAAUUUCACCAAUGAGGACCGCAGCCGCUUCCUGCGCUUUGUCACAGGCCGCAGUCGCCUACCAGCACGGAUCUACAUCUAUCCAGACAAGCUAGGCUAUGAGACUACAGAUGCGCUGCCCGAGUCUUCCACCUGCUCCAGUACCCUCUUCCUACCACACUAUGUCAGCGCCAAGGUGUGCGAGGAGAAGCUCCGCUAUGCCGCCUACAAUUGUGUGGCCAUCGAUACCGACAUGAGCCCCUGGGAGGAGUGAGGCGGUGUCCACCGCACUCCCAGAAAUGAACACACAGCUGGGGGUCUGUGCUCCAUACCAAGCUGAUAUGUUGAGAAACCCACAGGGUAGCACAGAGUACCUGCUGCUCCUAUGAAUGUAGUUGGAGCCAGGGUGAUGGGUGGACAGUGGUCCAGCCCUGCAGAUCCUCAACCCUCCUCGUGCUAGGGCUUGUUUCCUGAGGAAGAGAGAAUCUUCCACAAGCCCAGCACAAGCUGCCAGGCCUGAGCUACUUGAAGGGGGCCAGUCUGCUCCUCAUCCCGUGGACUUUGAUUCCAUUUUCUGUUCCACCUGUUUUUCUUUUGACUUCAAGCUGUGGCUCAAAGUUUUCAAAACCUUGAAGGGCAGUAUAUUUUUCUCCUCAAUCAAAUAGCCAAGGGUGGACAGGAAUGAUGGUCAUCCUCCUUGGUCAUCUACCCCCAAAAAAUAUUCAGUGGAUGAACAUCUCCUCCUUCACAUUCUGGCAUUUCCCUCCUAUCCCUCCAUGCCAGAGGUGUGAGCUUUGUCCUUUCAUAACUCAGUCUUGAUUGACAAAGUGCCACCACCCUCCCGGCUCAGAACUUCCAUCUACCGAACAUCAGCUCUUUGCUAUAUCCACUCCAUAUCCACCAGUACUGCAGCAUCUCCAGCCCACUCCUCAUUAUGCAGAUUAAAGACACUUAAGAUCUCUCCAAGAUUUUCUUUACCCUACUCUAAAGUAAAGCCUAGACUUCAAACUAGUUCCUUACCAGCCCUCCCUCCCUUGAAAGCCUCGGUGACACUCCUUCAAAAGAAAGACUUGCACAUGGGAAAAUUGAAUAAAUGGAUUUCCUUCAGAAUGUG